CAGAAGAAAGGCACACAUUUCGUGACCGUAUAGCAGGUAGCUGCUAGCCGGCACCAUGACAAGAUUGAAACAUGCUCCUCCAGGAUCACCAGUUGCCACUUCGUGUCGUUUCCACACUCCACCGCCCGCCUGCGGCACACUACACUAUCGCUUUUGCUUUUGCUUGUGCGGCGUCGCGCCGCGCCGCCAGGGAAUCCAACGUCAGUAGCAGGGUGGAGGCUCCACAGAUCAAGAAGCUGGCGGCGAGCAACUUGUGGGAGCGGGCCGAUGAGAGCGCCAUGGCCGGGAUGGACCAUGGCGGCGGCGGCGGCGACGGCGGCGGGAGUGCUCAGGGCCCGUCGCGCUACCUCGACCUCCUCCUCGCGCAGCUCUCCCCCACCACGGACGUCAAGGCGGAGCAGCACUCCAUGGAGUCGCCGGAAAGGAUCCCCGCAUCCGCCUCCGUCUCCGGCGCCGAGCCCCAUCCCGAAGGAGACCAGAAGCCGUCCUCUUUGGCCAUCGUCCUGGCGGAGGGCGGCGGCGGAUCCGCCCGCCGAACGGGGCGCCCGCGGGGAAGGCCGCCAGGGUCCAAGAACAAGCCCAAGCCGCCCAUCAUCGUGACCCGCGACAGCCCCAACGCGCUCCACUCCCACAUCCUCGAGGUCGCCGCCGGCGCCGACGUCGUCGAGUGCCUCGCCACGUACGCGCGCCGCCGCGGGCGCGGCGUCUGCGUGCUCAGCGGGGGCGGCGCCGUCACCAACGCGGCGCUCCUUCAGCCCGAAGGCCUCGUCGCCACCCUGGCCGGGCAGUCCGAGAUCGUGUCUCUCACGGGCACGGUGCUGCCGCCGCCCGCGCCCCAGGGGGCCAGCGCUCUCGCCGUGUUCCUCGCCCUCGGGCAGGGGCAGGUCGUCGGCGGGACCGUGGUCGGCAAGCUCAUCGCUGCCAGGCCCGUGUUCCUCGUGGCCGCGUCGUUUGCGAGCGCCGUCUACGAGCGGCUGCCGCUGGAGGGGGGAGAACAGGAGACCGCCACAGCCGCCGAUGCGCAGGGAGCCGCUGGCGCGGCAGCGCCGUCACCGGGCGGUGUACCUCCGAAGCAGCCUGUGGCAUCGCCUUCGUCCGAGGUUACCGGAAAUGAGGACGGUGCCGGCAGAUCGUCGCACAAUCUUGGAGAAAAUGUUGGGAGCUGCCAGCCGCCCACACCAGGCGUCGACAUCGGGAGCUUCAGCAGCGUCAGGCCAUGAUUUCGGAUUCCCAUCUCAACUCUCAAGAUCGAUCUUAGCAAUGGCGUGGCAGGAUUAAGGGUGGUAAUUCCGAAACUAUGAUAUCGAUCAAUGUGGAAAAGCUUUCGUUUAAUGCAUUUUGCAAGCUCUGCACUUGUAAUGCAAACUAGACUAGGCGUAGGGACUAGAAUAUUCUGAAUCGCUAUAUACGAGUGGUACUUGACAUGAAGACAUUUUUUUGGGUGAAGAUGGUGAAAUUAGUGCAGCAAGAAUUGGAAAGUAAAAAGUCACCCCUGUUUAGAGUUUCAUCGUAUAAUCUCUUUUUAGAUGCUGUAAUCUUUCUAUGUAUAAUCAAGUUCUCCGUGGCCUUUUACCGCCACUUUUCAAUGCAA